AUGUCAGCCGAGAGCAGAAAAACAACAACAAGGAUAGGCACAGGGACAACGACAGCCUCCUACCAAACCCACCGCCCCGCUUCUUCCCUCCUCAUCGCCUCCAAACGACUCCUUGUGAAGCCCAGCCCCGUGCCCCAAACUAUAACCCCCAACGUCCAUCCCGCCAGCAUCACCAUCAAGCCUUCGUUAUCUUCGAUAGCUACACCUACGCGACCUACAGACCGAUCAAAAGCGCAUACUGUCGAGAUGGAUUUGUCGCAGCCGCCGCAGCCGUUCCUUGAUCCCGGCGUAUGGGAGCGGAUGAAGGCCGCAGGGAGGGACGCGUCGAGGGGUCCAAGUGCCGAGCGGGAGGAAGGGGAGGAAGAGAGGAGGCGGCGGAGGGAGCGCGAGGCGGAGUUUGGGCAGAUGGCGGUGCGAGGGAGAAUGGGGGGAUUAGGGAGGCAGGAGAUGAUCCACCGUCGCAGGUUGCAUUGA